AUGGCUGAUAACAACUCAUUGGUUGGUGGUGAGGUCUUGCGGCUGCAGAUCAAGGUCAAGCUCUCUAUUGUGCAAAUUCUGGUGAUAAUAUUUCUCUCCAUCAAUUUUUUUCUCAUCAUGACUUUUUUCAGAAAGGAGUGCUUCUACACAACUACACGUUACAUCCUAUUUGCUGUUACUCUGCUGUCUGAUAGCCUGAUGUUAGUCAUGUCUGAUUUUUUGGUCAUAGUGAACUAUUUGGAAUUUACUAUGCAAGUUUGGAUAUGUAUCAUUAUCUUUGUUGUGGGAAUUGUGUAUAAUAUAGUCACACCAGUUACUCUGACAGCAAUGACCCUGGAGCGAUAUGUGGCCAUCUGCAUGCCCCUGCGUCAUGCAGAGCUGUGCUCCACACGCAGCACUAUGUAUUGCAUCCUCAUCAUUCACGGCCUCAGCUCUGUGCCCUGCAUUGUUGUUCUCUCCACCUUCUUUGCAUCAGCCUCUUUUAGUUUGUACAAACAAUACAGCUCGUGCUCUGUGGAGAUAUUAAUAUUGCACAGAUGGCAGGGUCACGUUAGAUCAGCUGUGCAUCAGUUUUACUUCUUGAUUAUGGUUAUCAUCAUUUUAUUUUCUUAUGUUAAAAUCAUGAAAGUGGCCAAAGCUGCAUCAGGAGAGGAUAAAAAGUCGUCAUGGAAAGGGCUCAGAACAGUAAUUCUUCAUGGUUUCCAGCUGCUGCUCUGUCUCAUCCAGCUGUGGAGUCCAUUCAUAGAAAGCACUCUGCUUCAGUUUGAUUUCAUGUUAUUUAUUAAUGUCAGGUACUCUAAAUAUGUAUUGUUUAAUCUUACUCCAAGAUGUCUGAGUCCUCUCAUUUAUGGCCUCAGAGAUGAAACCUUUUUUCAUGCAUUGAAAAAUUAUGCCUUCUUUGGCUUGUAUAAAAGAAAUGUUUGAUUAAUAACUUUUGAACAGAAUAAUUGCAGAAUGCACAAAUAAAAAAUAUAUUUCC